AAAUAAAUUUUACGUCAGUUUAUAAAUACCGCUAGUUUUCCCAUUGCUUCGACGCGUAGAGCGUAUUAUUUUGCUUCGUCUUUGGCUUUUGGGAUGUCGUGGAGGAUCAUCUCGUGAAACACUUCUGGACGUAGACUGAGUAAACAUAUUGAGAGUGACUUUUAAAGGAUAAAUAAUCGUCGCUUGUUUUGGGACAUGUCAGACGGCAUAAUCCAACAAUGCCGUAAAUUCCUUGUCGUAAUUUUGAUCAUAUUUCACGCCGAAGCACUGCAGCUCUCUUGGAAGAGUUUUCGUGGUAGAGAUUGUUUUUGGCGUAAAUUAGGAACAAGAUAUACACUCUUGCAAAACACAGAUUCGUCAACAUCCCGACCGUACGCUUCACUAACAGCAUUCCAUGACCUGAAACCUGGUGACCAAGUUCCCGGAAGAAUUUGCAUCACGUAUCGUGCACGUAAUAUAUGGAACACAGAAAUAGUCUUGCUGCUUAAUUCUCGCCAGCUUGAAAGCGUUCAAGAUGAUGAAAAACAUGACAUUUGUGACCGCUAUUAUACCCGUAAUAGGAUUAAGGUCUCAUUUAAUGCCACCUGCCAGAUACAUCUGAUAGGUGCAGUAGUGAUAGAUAGCUUACACGUGGAACUGAUGGACGUGGAACAAACGACUACACCAGUACCUUCUUUACCUUCGACAACACUAAACGAUACACCCACAACGGACGUUGGCGACAUCCAGUAUGUCGGCGUUGUCGUCGGCGCGAUAUGCAUAGCACUGUUCACCCUCUUCAGCUGCCUCACUAUAAUCUCCGCAAGACGAAGUAACCAAAGAGAUUCGAGACGUAGGACCGUGGCCUCGGCCAGCUGCCAGGAGGAGGAAGAUGUUGGACCAGACGUGGUCGCUGAUAAUGCUCCACCGUCUUAUGAUGCAGUCAUGGCAUGCCCUGACCUGUAUCCACCCACGCCCCAAGAUACCCCUCACGCUACUCCCGAAACCACGCCACACCUCUCGCUGCAUAGACGAGCAUUGCUGAACCAACACGUCGGCUCCUUAGCGAGCUCUGCUGGAUCGGCCACACCCCAACUUCAUCGUCAAUCAUUUACGCCCACCAUAGCUAGUGACGAAUGGGACGAUAUACCGGAGUACCCCCCUCCUCCUUACCCUGGCUUAGCCAACGGGGAUAUCUCCGCGCCUAUCCGCGAAGACGCCAUGGAUGAUGUCACGGUGGUAGAAAGUACCCAGGGUGAAAUGCCCGGGGUUGAAAACCCGGGGGCGAGUCAACUCAGCAGUGAAAGCUCUGGAACGUCAAGUCCCAAUCAGAACUCGCCGUCACCAGUAAAUGAAGACCAAGAGAAUCCCUGGGUACUGAACAAUAUCGGACAUGGUAAUCUUAGAGAACGACAGAGUAACCCCCCUGAUAGGGGUACUACGGAACAAUACCCAAUGCGGGUAAGGACAGCUUCAGCUGAUAGUGGCCACUCAAAUCGAGAUAGUCCAGAAGAGUCGAGGUCAGAUAGUCCUGUCUCUGGCGCGGGAUCGGAUACUGAACAGGACAGGACACCAAAGACAAUAGAGGACACGGCGGGACACGCGGUCAGGGUCGCUGUUACUGUUUAACGCGGUACAGUAUUUAUUUUUAAUCUUCAAGACAUAUUGAUCUCCACUGAAACCUGACGCGGAAAAGACAUGGCACAAGUUUUAAACGUGUAGAUGGUGUAACACACAGUGGUCCUUGGAACAGCGAAAGGCGUAAUCACAAAUAGGUUAACUUAAACUACGCGGCUGAAAAAUGCCAUUAUAAUAUAGAACCUAUUUUUUACCAUCUCUUUGUUAGGAUGGAUGCAGGAUGUGCAAGCAGGGAACAAAAAAGCUUGUUUAGGUCCAAGUGGCACGCCCAGCGAAUAGUUGCGAUAAAUCGUUAACAAUGGUAAAGAAAUUUUCCAAUCAUUUUUAUUAUAAUCUAUUCUCCAAAGAGCGCCAUUGUUUAUGGUCUUUACUUUCAACUUUCCUUUACGACUAACAUUGAUUCAGAACGUGACGCACACUGACCUCCUAACCAUUGAAACACAUAUGGUUGUUCAGAGACCUUUUGGGGGUUUGCCUGAUUUUGUGAAUCUUCUCAGUUGGCUCUUUGUGUAUUAUAAGACCAGGUAGUAAAACAAGUUUAACCUCUCCCUCACCCCUGCUUCUCCAGAAAAAGCUAGUCAAGACAAUUACUUCACGAGAACCGGCAUAAGUGCUACUCAAAAUGAUAAAGGAAAGUCUAACUCCAUUCAGCCCCAAAAUAUCUUUUGUGUAUAGCUAUAUAAACAAAUUUAUACUUCGUUACAAUUUUCAGUCUGGGAAAUUUCCUUACUAUUAACUUCCAUUUUGUGUCGGAACCAUUUUAUUUUUCCUCGUCUGUUCCGCUGAGCGAACUUUUUGCAAUAUAACCACUUUGUCGCACAAGCUUUUUUUGUCGCUCGUUGGCAAAUCGCUACAUAUCAUGUGUUCAGAAACUUACGUAUAGUCAUUUGAACGUUUGUUUACUCCACGUGGAACCAAACGUAUUCCAAUUUAAUCACCAACGCAUCAUAGUCCAUAUUAUUGCAAGAGUGUCAAGUAUUAUCGUAUCCAGGUGAUCUUAGCCAAUAAGCGCUCAGGGGUCGGUUGUAUGAAAGCCGGAUAGCGCUAUCCACCGGAUAGUGGUUUUUUCAAUCGCUUCAAAAUCGCCCGUUAUUUGCUACAACUUUGAUUUAAUCUUAGUGUUCCUAAAUCGAAGAUCCUCUUUAAUAAUUGUUGCUUCCAAGCUGAAAUUUUAUCGCUUCUCGAGCAUUUUUAGA